CCGAAGCAAACUGCAAGCAAAUUCCUUGAGCUUGCAUUGAUCCGCUAAAGUUCUACGAAGACAACGAGGGAGAACCCGUUAUACAUCUCUGUGUUACAGAAGUGAUAUACUAGUUGGGGUAUGACAUGGUUAGCUGCCGUCUGCCAAUCAAGCAGGUGAAGUUUAAGAUACGAAUCCGCAUUCCCGUUCAAACAACUCAACAGCUGGAAGGCCGUCGAUAUUGACAGGGCAGGGGUCUUCCGCUCGACCUUGUAGUAUUCUCCGUCCAUCUUCUUCAAUUACGGACGGCCCAGCACCUGGAGUAACAAACGAAUUAAGUCAACGAAGGCGCUAUAUAUCAAAUACUUAAAAGAGCAUCUCAAAAUUAUGAAGAUCACAAAGAUAAUUGCAAGGAGUGAUCAGUUAGGCAUGAGUAAACGAGGACCCCACUCUGUUCCAUCUGCAUCAUCUCCUCAACCAGAAUAUUAUUGGGAUGCAUCCGAAUCAUUAAAUGCGUUGAGCUCGAUCGAGGAGGAAUCUGAAAAUGAGUCUAAUCAUGAUGACAUUGAUGAGAGGACAAGAAGAUUUCAUUUCCUCGACACUUCUGUUUGUCUCUACCAAGCUGCCCUAAAAGGUGAUUGGUCAGCUGCUAAGGAGGUACUUGAUAAAUAUCCAAAAGCUGCUACAUAUUCCAUAACAAGACAGAAGGAUACAGUUCUUCACAUCGCGGCUGCAGCAGAGAGCACUGAUUUUGUAAAAGAAUUGGUAAAGCGGAUGAAUCCAAGCGACUUAGAAAUAAAAAAUAGAAGUAAUAAUACAGCCAUUUGCUACGCUGCUGCAUCGGGAAUCGUGGCAAUUGCGGAGGAGAUGGUGAAUAAGAACAAUCAACUGCCGCAGAUUCGUGUUAGUAUCGAAUCAGUCACGCCUCUUUACAUGGCAGCUUUGCACGGACGUAGAAACAUGGUGUCUUAUCUGUACUCUGUCACUCCUUUUGAAGAUUUGACUCCUCCUGAACGCAUUGAUAUCCUUGUCGUCUGUAUUUCCACUGAUUUGUAUGAUAUAGCAUUGAAAAUUCUGAAAAGAGAUCCAGAAUUAGCAACAAUGAAGAAUGCAUAUGGGAAGAUAGCAUUGCAAGAGCUAGCCAAAAAACCUGAUGCAAUCGGCAGCAGAAGUCAGCUAUCCAUAUGGGAAAGAUGCUUAAACUUCUGGCCGUUCAAAGGGAUCUAUAAUAAAGCUUUGAUGCGCGCAAUAGCCCAUCAAUUGGUUGAUCUACUCUGGGUAAACGUUCGACAAUUGCCAGAGAAAGACUUCUCAGACAUGGUUCAAAACCAUUCGUCUUUCCUUUUUGAUGCUGCAAUAUCAGGGAAUGUUGAGUUUCUAAUUAUACUUAUACGAUCAUAUCCUGAUCUCAUAUGGAGUUUAGAUGAGAAAAAAAGAAGUAUAUUUCACUUUGCUAUUAUAUAUCGGCAAGAGAGUGUAUUUAGUCUAAUAUAUGAGCUAGGUGCCAUCAAGGGUAUCAUCGCCCUCUAUACUGACAAUCACCAUAACAAUAUGUUGCACUUAGCUGCAGAAAUAGCUCCUCCAGACCGACUAAAUAUCAUAUCAGGGGCAGCACUUAAAUUGCAACGAGAGCUAUUGUGGUUUAAGGAGAUAGAAAAGAUUGUUCAGCCUUCAUACAGAAAGAAGAAGAAUAUAGAUGAAAACAACAAAACUUUAUAUACACCAUGGGAAUUAUUUACGAAGACACAUAAGAAUUUGCAGAAACAAGGUGAAAAGUGGAUGAAGGACACUGCAAACUAUGGCAUGCUUGUGGCGACACUGAUUGCGACUGUAGUUUUCGCUGCAGCCUUCACUGUACCAGGUGGCAACCAUCAAGAACAAGGCACUCCAAUUUUAUUAAGUGGCAAAUGGUUUAUGGCGUUCUUCAUAUCAGAUGCAAUUGCAUUGGUCUCCUCAUCGACAUCGAUAUUAACAUUCUUGUCAAUCCUCACAUCACGUUAUGCAGAAAAGGAUUUCCUGUACUCAUUACCUGCAAGGUUGUUGCUUGGACUUGCAACACUUUUCAUCUCUAUAGCAAGCAUGGUGAUAGCUUUCAGCGCUACCUGCUUUCUGGUAUACGACAGUGAAAUCACAAGUGUUCCAAUUAUUAUAACAAGUUUGGCUGCCAUUCCAGUUACAUUGUUUUUAACUUUACAUUAUAGACUUUGGUUGGAUAUAUUCCGCUCAACAUAUGUUUAUAGGUUUCUUUUCCGACCACAUGAACGUAGAGUUUUCUAGGAAGAAUUCAACUAGGCAAUUGACUGGUAGAAAAUCUAAAAUGAUAGACAAAAGAAAAGGAAGGGAAAUUGUUAAAGCAAAUCAAGUGAUUUUC